AAUGAUAUACCACUAGUAAGUAGUAUUUAUUACUCAUUUUCACCGGUGAAACUGUUUCGAUGCUUUGCGUACAACUUUCUUGAUGAACUAGUACACAGCCAUAGGACCGCGACCGACCAGGAGGAGUAUACAGGCUUGGGCGAUUGCACGGGCCAGGCCCAUCUAUAUAUAUAUAUAUAUACUGCAAAAAGCAUCUGAUGGGCCAGAUGCGAUUUCCAGUCUCCGCUGCCUUCCGCCGUCGCCCGCCCGUCGGGGAGACAAGGAUGGAAAUCCCAUCUGGCCAACUCUUUUGUUGCUUGGGCGUGGAAGGCACGUCUCGGAGCAGCGUCGUCGUGCCGUGCAAUCAGCUCAGCUCAGCUCAGCUGCCCAGCCCGGCAACCCGGAAAACGAGACACCGCUGAUUUUUGACGUGCCCGUGCUGUGCAAGUUCGGCACUUGCACGCUUGACGCCGUCGCGGCCGCACUCCAAGUGAUUCUUAUGACACGUGGGCCCCAUCGAGGGCCCAUACGUUGCAGAAAGCCCACCAACUCGGGAAUUCCACUGGGUCUAGUCAAGCAAGCACUCAAGCCCAGCUCGAUGCACCCGUACGUCUCCAUCCCUCCCUCCCUCCCUCCCCCCUCUUCUUUUCUUCGGCUCUUCCGCCGCCUCCACGCGGCCUACGCCACCUCCCCCUCACCUCCCGCCGUGCGCCCCGAUCCCUCGCCGCGACCUCAUCUCGCCGAGGACUGGAUCGCCGGAGGGACAUCGUGGGUGGGUGGGUGUGUCCUUCGCACCCAUGCGGCGUUAGCUGAUGACGACCUCGCCUGAGAGGGGAGAAGCACCACCUGCGCCGCCACGCGAUUCACCGUGCGAGGACGCCGCCCCAGCUGCCGCCGUCGUUGCCUCUUCCUCCUCUGGCUCCGAGCGCGAGGAAGACGGCGGCUCCAGGCAGCCCAAGGCAUCUGUCCUGUCCGGCGUCUUCGCGCCCCCUCUCGCCAUAUUCGAGGGGCAGCAGCAGGUCUCCUCGACGCCGUGCGACGCCAGCUCGACAAAGCCGCCCUCGGGGUCCUAUGCUUGGUCCAGGAUUCUGAGGAGGUUCGUGGGCAGCGGCUCCAUGUGGCGUCUUCUGGGCUGCGCCAGGGUCCUGACCUCCGGUGACGUGUGGUUCCUUGGUAAAUGCUACAGGGUGUCGCCCGAGGAAGAGGAGUCUGGCGGCUCGGAUUCUGACAGCGGCCAUGCUGCGUUUCUGGAAGAUUUCUCUUCCAGGAUAUGGAUCACUUACCGGAAAGGGUUUGAUGCAAUACCUGGUUCCAAGCUCACUAGUGAUGUGAACUGGGGAUGCAUGGUUAGAAGUAGUCAGAUGCUGGUUGCUCAGGCACUGAUUUUUCACCAUCUUGGAAGAUCUUGGAGAAAGCCAUCAGAGAAGCCAUACGACCCAGAUUAUAUACGGGUCUUACACCUAUUUGGUGACUCUGAAGCUUGUGCUUUCUCUAUUCACAAUUUACUUCAAGCUGGAAGGAAUUAUGGUCUGGCUGCUGGAUCAUGGGUGGGUCCAUAUGCUAUGUGCCGGGCAUGGCAGACCCUUAUCCGCACAAAUAGAGAGCAAGCUGAUGCUGUCGAUGGGAAGGAAAAUUUCCCUAUGGCGCUAUAUGUCGUUUCGGGUGAUGAAGAUGGUGAAAGAGGUGGAGCUCCAGUUUUUUGUAUUGAUGUUGCUGCUCAGCUUUGCUCCAAUUUCAAUAAAGGACAAUGUACAUGGUCACCUAUUCUUUUGUUGAUUCCUCUGGUUCUUGGCCUUGACAAAAUUAAUCCAAGGUACAUCCCAUUACUAAAGGAGACGUUUAAGUUCCCACAAAGCUUGGGCAUUUUAGGUGGAAAACCUGGGACGUCAACAUACAUUGCUGGGGUACAAGAAGAUAGGGCUCUCUACCUAGAUCCCCAUGACGUUCAGAUGGCGGUUGAUAUUGCACCGGAUAACUUGGAGGCGGACACUUCCUCGUACCACUGCAGUGUUGUCCGAGAUUUGGCUCUAGAACAAAUAGACCCAUCCCUAGCCAUUGGUUUUUACUGUCGCGACAAAGACGAUUUCGAUGAUUUCUGUUCUCGGGCAUCUGAGUUGGCAGAGAAAGCCAAUGGAGCGCCACUCUUUACUGUCAUGCAGUCAGUCCAGCCAUCGAAGCAAAUGUAUAAACAGGAUGAUGGGCUGUGCUGUUGUUCUGGCAGUAGCAUGGCCAACGAGGACUACGACCUUGACGCCUCUGGCGAGGCAGGAGAAGAGUGGCAGAUCCUCUAAACCAGGGGAACACCGAUGACAUGUUGGGUUGAAAAACUCAUGGAACAUGUUGCCUGAAUGCCCUCGUUUGCGUGUGAAUACAGGGGAUGAUUUGUUGUCUCUGAGUGUCGUUGGGUGCCAACGUCUCUUAGGAGGAAAAUGUUCAAAACGUGACAGGUGGAAAUGUUCAAAACAUACACUUGUGAAUGAUCAUAGAUAAAUGUAUUUAACAUUCCAUUUGCUAACACCAUUUCACCA